AUGAUCACCUACUCGAAAUGGAUCACGACCAACAUCGUUGGUGCUGCCGUUAAUGUCAUUGCACUUUGGGUCUUUCUAGUACAUUUCUACGUCAGAAAAUUGUGGCAGGAAGCAAUGACAAUAGCCUGCUACGGGAUCACCCUGCUCGGAAUGUAUUUCAGAGCACCACCCUUCAUGCAAGGGUGGCCGGAAUACGUUGGGGUGAAGGAGUGGAUCGGUGAACCCACACCGCUAUUAUUCGCCAUUUUCUUUGUGGUGACCUUCUUGUCGGGGGCGCCAUUGUCGCACGUCGAAGCGGCCGCGCUCUGGAACCAGGCAGAAGCCGCAAUCCCCUGGAGCACGCUGCUCGUUAUGGGAGCCGGUUUCGCCCUGAACAGCGCCAUCAAGAAAACGGAACUUGUGGCCUUGCUGAUGUCCGGCACGACGGCCCGUCUCGGGCUCUCGGCGAUCUCCCUGCAAAUUACCCUGAGCGCCGCGGUGUCGCUGUUGGCGGAGCUUCGCGGAGGGGUCGCGCUCUGCGCCCUGGUGCUCCCGGUCGUGGUGAAGCUCAGCGACUACUCUCACGCGAUCUUGGGCCUCUUCACUCACAUCGUCUAUGUCACCACAGCAGUGUCGGUGACAAACACGGUUGCAGUACCGGUCUUCAACAUGACCCAAAUUCCUAGAAGAAAAUACGAUUUCAUUUGA